AGCAUCUACAAAACCGGGCUAAAGACAAUUGUGUGGCUAUCUGGUAACGAACCACCAGAAGGUGUGUCCCGGACUUUGGGAGAGUUCCUCCCAAAGUAUUUGGGAGAAAGGGACGAAAAGGUCUUCGCCGCAUUUUGGUGCAAGCUAUUUGAGGACGAUGGUGCAGAAAGCUCUCCGAGGGACGAAAUUAUACAUCGUUGGGCCGAAGAAGAGCUGCUACAUUUUUGCACAUUUGUUGCGAGACAUGAGUUCUUCUACCGUCAUGGCUGGAUUCAAGAAGUUCUACUCGCCCAGCACGUCGAGUUGGCAUGCGGACGACGCUCCUGGGAUUGGAUGGCUCUGGAACGGUUCAUCUUUGCAUCUGCCCCGGCGGCGCGCCAGGUGCUCAACUAUCACCUCACCAGGUCGACUAAGCUGUGGGUUACAUUUCAUCGAAUGCUAGAUGUCGUCGGGGGAAUGGAAGCGUACGGGUGGAUCCGGAGGUUGUGGGUGAGGGGCUCCGCUGAAGCUCGGCGAUGGGAGGUUACAAGGCAGUUUGGCCCCUUGCGGGAUAGUCAAGAGGAGAUCUACUGCCAGAUCGCCUAUAUCAUGCGCAUGCUGCGAGGCGCGAAGUUCGACGACAAAGAGGAUGCCAUUUACGGAUGGCAAGCACUUACGAAACUGGCGCUGCCCGAGGGCAAAACAUACGGCUCGCCUAGCUACACUCUGUCAACACACAAGGUAUACGUCCAAUUUACCAGAAGCCUGCUGAAGGGAAUGUCCAUCUUGGAUGUCCUCAAUGACGUGGGAGAGACGACUUGGCAUGGCGUCUGGGCAGAUAUACCGUCGUGGGUGCCUGACUACUCUCGGCGGCCUAUCGCUGUUCCUUUGUAUCGCCGAGUUCGCGACAACAAAAGCGUAGACUUCGAUGCAACACUGACUCGGACUCGGGCCGGUAAGGCAAAGAGAGUCGUCGAGUUUGAAGACAACUGUCUCGUGUUGUCUGGUAUCCGACUUGAUGUCAUCCAGGAACGGGGCCCGGACUUCCCAAAUCACAUUCAGAUAUCUGGUGAGACAGAGAUUGAGUGGUUCCUACAGAAAAUCUUGGAAUUGGGAGAGACAUAUGGACCCACGGGCCAGCCGACACAGGAGGCACUCUGCUUCACCAUGGUGGCGGAUUCAUUCGUGCCGGAUGGCCCACUGACAUACGCAGAAGCAUUCCGCGGGAUGUGGGGACACUUGACCCUUCUAAGGAUGCAUAAAUUGACCGAAGCAGGCCGCUUGGAUCUGGCACAGUUGAAACUUAAAUUAUUUAAGUCCACAACGGGAGAGAGCUGGCUGUAUCUGACGAAGGAGGAUAUGGCCCGGUCGAGAGUCGAGGGGCCAGGGCUAAGCGCGAGGAGGAGGUCGACGGCAGACAUGGUUUAUAGACUGUCUAAGACGCUGCCAGGCCGGGCACCGUAUGUCACCCGAAAAGGGUAUAUGGGCCUGGGUCACCGGGACCUCAAAGCCGGGGAGGAAAUCUGGCUUCUCGAGGGCGGCCGGACGCCGUUUAUUCUGUGGCCGGGCCCGACGGGAUACCGGCUGGUUGGCGAGACGUAUGUGCACGGGUUCAUGAGGGGCGAAGGAUGGACGCCGGAGCAACGGGACCUGGAACAGGUGAGAAUUGUGUGAGAACAUGGACGGGGGGAAACUGCCGGUGGCAUGGGGGAUCAUGAGACGUAGGACGUGGGAUGGCAUGGAGGGUCGGUAUAAGUGGAUUGGUGUAGGGUAGGGAUUCCUCAAGUUGGUAGGCGAUGGCCUACGGGGACGGACUUGAGGAUGCGUUGCCGGAGAGAAUCGGGUUGCGGAUGAAUGAGGUAUGAGAGAUAUGUGAGGCAUGAUGGGACGGAAUCACCAGGUAAGGACAGGGUAAGGAUGGACUCGGAAUAUGUAUGCAAGUCAUUUAGCUGAGUCGAUAGGACUGAGUCGGAUUAGCCCUGCACACCCCAGUCGUUUGAUCCACAUGGACACGGAGUGCAUCGUGCAGCGUGGGAGAGUAGAGGAACGGAAGAAAAAGAAAACUAC